AUGGAGAGGGAUCGGGAUCGUGCGGAGGCUGAGGAACUGACGGCUUACAACGAUGAGCAGCAGCGGGAGGACCAGUCGGAUGAGGAGGAGGAGUGGAAAGACUUCGAGGAUUCAUGUGUAGUGUUUCCAAAACCCAAGAAAGGGGUCAAUUGCGACUCAGAAGUUGAACAAACACACUGGCUUAAUUUAUUGACUAAACUGAGGAGUAGCAAAUACCUAUAUAUUCUAUUGCAUACCGAGCAUCCACCGGCCGACUCAGAGGGCCGGUAUACAAAGAGAGGUCGCUUCUCCGAGACCUACGGCCACCUGGCUGUUGCGUCGUUAGACGCGUCUCUACAAUCACCGGCUUUGCCCACCAACAGCUCCAUACCCGAAGCCCAGCACAACAGACCACCAGCAGUGACCUGGACUUCAUACAAAACGUCAUGCUUCCGCCUUGUCUGUCACACGCUGCUGCCUAGCCAGGUCGUGUCGCACCGCCUCACCGUCAUUCUCUCGCCGCCAUAA